GCAAAAGGAAACUCUCACAUAAUUCUGUGGUCACUUCUACACCUAAGUAAAGUCCAUAUUUACGCAAGGGAACUCUCGAAAGAAAGAAACUGCAAGAUACCAUAUCUCUUCUUUGACAAAUUCGUUGCAUUCUUUGUAUGUCAAUACCGAGUAUUUGGGGGAGAAGGUAAUUCCUUAAUAUUUCCAAUUCUCAUCCUCAAUUUGUGUAGGGUAGAUUCUCAUGUCUUUCCAAAAGUGUCUUGAGAUAAUCGAAGGAGAUGAUCAAGAGAUGAUCGGGAAUUAUGAACGAACACUGUGCAUAUCGAAUCGCUUAAUUUUCCAGAGAAAAUACUUGGUCGAUACUGAGAGCUCUUUCAAAUAGUGUUUCCUUCAUUCAAAUCCUUUGAAUCACUUUCAUUGGUGUUCUUCGUAUUGACAACUUUGAUAAGAUGAAUUACCAAUACUGCCUAGCUUUAUGGAGCAGCAGAGUGUAACAAUCGCUAAAGUUGGAAUGCAUGCAUCCUUGAAUGCUCGGUACAACAAAUCCUGUAUAUGAAUUUGUGAGUUUACUUUAUUAAAAUCACAUGGGAAUGUAGAUAUACAAAGAGGGUUGUCAUAUUUUUAGGCUCAUAUAUUUACAUAUGCUAAUUCAGGUUUGUAUCAAAUAUAUCAUGUAGUAAAGACUAUAUAUUUGUGUCCUGACCCUGGCAUCAAUAGAAAAUUUGCAGCGCAAACUCAAAUCGAGGAGCUUUACUUCAUGUGAUAGUGAUGAGAAGACAACAAAUUCCAUUGAGAUCGAUGGUCUUCGUGGACGAACAUACAAUAUGGGGAUGCUAGCUGCUAUCGGUGGGGAGAAAGAUAUAGUGAAGGAGUCUAAAAGGACAAAGAUAAUUGUGAUAACAAUCCACCAAGAACAUAUGGAAAAAUGGCAGGAGGAAAUUAAGGAACUGCCCUUGCUAGACGUUUCAAAUGAGGAAGCUGGUGCAAUUUUACAAAAUGCCAAGUACUUGAUUCACAACAUUUGUGUUGACUCCUGAAGGUAAUGGCUUAGAUGAUGAAUAUGUGCCUAGAGAGAAAGAAGCUACUUUUUUGACUAUCUUACUGGGUUCAAAUGAGUGCUUACUAGAAUGCUCCUGCCUCAAAAAAAUUGCAUUUAAUUAAUACAUUUAUACAUUCUUUUCAAUUUUUAUAUACAUGAAUUUAAGUUAGCAAACUCUGUUUAUGUCGUAUCUAACAUUCUAUAUUA